AGGCGCUGUGUAUAAAACUCAACCAGCGGCUCGUGGAGCGCAUGCUUUGGGUUGCGCUGGUUGUUUAGGAUGGGGUCGUACGGUAGCGGUGGUUUUUGCGCCGUGCGGGUGCUUUUCUUGCUUGGCUGUUUGAUGGGAAGUAUUCAGGAUUCUGGAGCUCUAGAUUUCCUAGGUACAACAACAUGCUAUGAGGAUGAACUACAAAUCUGGCUUCCCAGGGAACUUGGAGACUUGAGCUCCCGGCAUAUAGAAGUUAUUGAUGCAAGUGGGGAAGAAAUAAAAGAUUGUGACUAUGAUGUGGACCUUGAAAGGCGCGCACUCACCGCUGUGUACAUGAAUUGUACAAAAUUGGAGCAUAACAAGCACCACCUGCGAUUUAGGCUGCAGUUCAACAAUAUGACAGCAACAGGUCCUGAGGAUGUAACUUACAAUGUUGACUGUGAUGCUGUCCAGGCAGAUGAAUCCUCCUUCCCCAGUGGCUUCACCAGUGUUACAAACUGCACCAAAGAUUUCAUGACUGUUGCCUUUCCGAGACUCUCUUCCAGCAUCCAUGAUGUCUAUGCGACUGAGUCUCAGAUGGAAUGGAUUGUGUCAAUAGAUUAUGGAAGACAAACACGGAGGCUAAGCCUUAAACAAGCCAUACAACAGGGCUCCAUAUUUAUAACUGAAGACUCUGCAAUGGCUGUAAAAGUCCCGUUACAAGCGACAGGAGUUGUUACGUACAAGCAAGAUGACCGAGUGCUAUACACUACGGCACUCAAGCUUACCUAUGGGCCUCCUGAACAGCAGCUGACGAUGGAAUCAAGAAUGAUCUGUGCCCCAGGCCCAGUGACCUGCAAUUCAACACACAUGACAGUUACGGUCCCAGCUUUUCCAGGAGCGCUGGCAGCUAUGCGUCUAGACAACAGGAACAUUCUGCUGGACCAGCGUCAAGUCAAUGGAAUCAGUAUAGACACAAGUAGGGGUGUGAAGUUGUACAUUAGCAAGAGAGCCUUGAAGUCUCGGCUCUACAGAGAUGACAGCUGCUCAGGCUUUCAGUCGUAUGCGUCGUCCUUGAAAUUGGAUUUCAACUAUCAUGGCAAAGUGGCAGCGAUGGUAACUUAUCCUGAGUGUCCUUGUGAGCAAACUGCACCACUUGUUGCUGUAUGCACUCGGGAUGGUCACAUGGCCUUUGAAAUAGCCAAUAACAGCACAAAGCCGUCACUUAAUCUGGAUUCACUCAAGCUUAAAGACCCUGCCUGCAAGCCAGUUUUCAGAUCUCCUUCGAAUGAUGUGGUUCGGUUCUAUAUCCCACUGAAUGGGUGUGGCACCAUGCAAAAGUUCAAUGGCGAGAGGACUCUUUAUGAGAACGAAGUGGCUGCAUCUUGGGCAGACCUUCCACCACGGGCAAUUUCCAGAGACAGUGAAUUUAGGCUAACAGUGAUAUGUUCCUAUGGGAACGAUGAUGCCUCACUGAAUGUUGAGAUAAGCAGCCUUCCUUCUCCAGCAUCUGUAACAAACCAGGGUCCACUCUCCUUAAUUCUCCUAAUCUAUCCAGAUGCCUCCUACUUGUACCCUUAUAGCGAUGACCAAUAUCCUAUUGUAAAAUAUCUGCGGCAGCCAAUCUUCUUGGAAGUUCAGGUGCUCAACCGUAAUGAUCCAAACAUCCAUCUGAUGCUGGAUGACUGCUGGGCUACGCCAUCUCUGGAUCCAGCCUCCUUGCCACGCUGGAACAUCAUGGUAGAUGGGUGUGAUUAUGAGCUUGACAACUACAAGACAGUGUUCCAUCCAGUGGGCCCUGAGGUCACCUAUCAUAACUUCCGCCAAAGGUUUGAAGUGAAGGCGUUUGCUUUUGUUUCUGGUGGCAAGGCUUUACCCAGCCUGGUGUACUUUCACUGUAGCGUUCUCAUCUGUGACAGAUUUCACCCAGAUUCCCCUCUGUGUUCAACCGGAUGCCCUCUUCGUCCUUCCAGAAAAAGACGAGAUGUGAUGCCUAUGGCAAACUCUGCUCUGGUGACUCUUCUUCAUCCUGUCAUUUUGGUACCAAAGGAGCAGCUUGAGAUUACAGGCCAAGAAGAAUGGAAUGAAGACAAAUGGAUAACUUGUACACUGAUGGCAGCUGUGGUUCUAGGGCUUUUGGGCAUCGUACUAGCUAUAUUCAAUUGGUGUAAGAUUCCCAAAAGAACUCUCCGGGUAAACUGAAUAAAACAAGAUACAAGCUGUAAGCUAUCUGAUUGCUUCGGCAGAAUUAUUUCUUUGCAGUAUUGGGCUUGUUUACCAAUCCCUGGGUGCUGAAAAAUGGAUCAGCCAAGAAGCAUAUACAAAAAUGCAUGUAAAAUGCAUAUAUUUUUUAAUAAUAAAAUGGUGAAAAUGACAUACA